AGUAAUUGUUAGCCCUUCUUGUUUGCCAAACAGCUCAAACUCAGGCUGGAUGGAGAGCAAUUAGGUUUUAUCUCUGGACUUUGACUGGACCAUUUUAACUUAUGAAUGUGCUUCUGUUUAAACAAAUGGUCCUAAACUCUGGUUCUCGGCCCCUUCUGUGCACCACCAUGUUUCGCUGGGGGGUCGGUAUAUUCAUGGUGAUGCAGUUUCAUAUGUUUGGUCUCCUUCCAUGUUUGUCAACAACAGCCAUGCAUUUUGGUUAACAGCUUCUAGGUACAUGAUUUGCCUCUGAAUGGUUUGUAUGUUUGUAGUUUGUCAAGCUGCAGAUAGAAUCUAAAUGAUAGAAGAAAAAAACACACAAUGCUCUUGGAGAAUCUGGUGAGAUGCAUUGGUGACAUUUAUAAAACUCGGCUCUUCGUUUGUUCGUUUCUACAGAAAGAUAACAUCGGCCGGGUUAUGGGAAGCCUGGGCUGCGUUUAUCUGCUUUGUGUUUGUUGCUGCUGUGUAGGUUUGCUCUGCAGCAGCUGUUUCGAGUCUACCCAACCACACAAUGACCCUCAGCCAUUUCCUCUUUGUGCUUUUAUGUCAAGACCAAACUCUCAGUUUUACCCUUCAAGCUAACAAGAUGCAGAGCAUGAAUCUAUGGUUUGCUUUGUGCAGACAUGACCAGAAGGAAAUGUUGUUUCAAGGUUAACUCCUUCCUGUUUCUAGUUGUUUACAAUGAUCAUCAAACCCAGUCAGUGUCACCUUAAGAGUCCAGCUAAAACCAGAACACAUCUAAUAUGCAAACUGACUGAUCCUUCAAACAGAAAAGUCCAGAUGUCAUCGCUUGGCAUCAAUUAUAACUUCUGCAGCAGAAAGAAGAGUUUUCACUGCAAAAAAACAAAAUCUUACCAAGUAGUUUUGGUCAAGUUUAGAGCGCAAAUAUCUUUAUACACUUGAAAAAAACUACUUUUCAGCAAGAUAGAGGAGCUUUUUUUUUUAAGUCAGUAAUUUCUUAAUACUGAUUAAAAAGUUCAGUUCCACAAGCAGAUUAUUCCACUUAUAACAUGGCAAAUGUUUUGUUAUAAGUUAAAUAAUCUGCCGUAUUACCGGGUUAAUAAAUUUUUAGAUGCAAUAAUUUGAUGAAAUGUAAAUACUCCUUUCCCAUUAUAUUAUUGUCUUUAUACACCUGCCAGUAUUGCUUUAUUUAACAUAUAUAUUUGAAUGAAUCUGAGUCAACACUUGUGACCUUGAGUGUGUAAUAAAUUCAGAGUUUAACAGCAGCAACAACUUUCUGAGUUUGCUUCUGCAACAGGAAAAAAGGAAACUGAGGGUAGAUCUAUAGUCUGAUAUCUGUGCCUGAACCAGAGGAAGCAGAAAAACUGAAAAAACUCUUAUAAAGUGGCAAAAGACUCAUUUUAAAGUCUGUUGGUUGCUUUUUGUUUUGUUUAUCUACUAGAUCAAAAACCAUCAACAAACGGGAAGUUAUAAAAACAACUUGUGUCAACCGACGUUUCUUUCAGCGAUUAGUCAGAUCCGUCCUAACUUUCAGUUUCUGUUUGAGUUCAGAACCAAAAUCUGAGUUGUGACGACACCCAAAAUUACAACCAAUUAAUAAUUUAUCCUUAAAAUGUAUUUUUUAAGUGUCUUGCGUGUUUUAAAUGUAUUCCUGCCAAAGCACAGAGCGUUCCUACAGUUCUCCAGAUGUUCUAGAUCUUUUUAAACAAAAUUUGAAAAUGUGAAUUAAAAAAAGCUGAUUUUUCUACAUCUAGCUUUAAAAAAAAAAGAGGAUGGGUAGAUUAUUGUUGUCACUUGGAGACAACGAUAAAGGUAAUAAGUUCUGAUAAUAUAAACAUUUCCUCUUUAUUUCCUUUCUAUAUGCAUUUACAGAUAAAACCUCUGAAGGUCGCGACCUUCAGGAAUCUGUAGUUGUGAUCGCUGCCAAUCUUUUCUGAGUGAACAUGAGGCGAGUCAUCAGAGCGAAACUGUUUGCAUCACUUUAAAGAGACGAGAAGUCUCUUAAAAGUGAGUUUUAUCAUUUCCUCCUCAAACAGCAGAACUGCUUCAACCUGUGGAGCCGCUCAGAGGAAAAGCCAACAUGGCCGAUGAAAGAGAGCCACUCAUACCUAAGCCGUCUUCGCCUCCACCGUAUUCCUACCAUGACCAGUCGCCUCCAGCUUACUCUGCGGACCCGGUCGGGUACGGUCCGCACCAAAGUGAGGCCGUUGUCACCAGAUACGAGUCUUUCCGAGACAUAAACCCAGAGAUCGCAUCGGACACGACUCCCUUUGUGUCGUCGUCGUUUGAGGACGAAACUGUGAGGAGAGGGUUUGCUAGAAAGGUGUUUAGCAUCCUGACGCUCCAGCUGCUGUUCACCUUUAGCAUUGUCUGCGUGUUCACCUUCUCCAGCGUGGUGAAAGAGGCCGUGCAGGAAAACUUGUGGGCCUACCUCAGCUCCUUCAUCGUCUUCAUCGUGGUGGCCUUCACCCUCAGCUGCUGCAGGUCCUUCAGCCGGCGUCACCCCUGGAACCUCGUGGGGCUGGUUAUCGUCACCCUAAGUCUGUCUUACAUGGUGGGGACUGUCGCCUCCUUCCACAACACCACCGCGGUGGUCAUCACCAUGGGGGUGACGCUGGUCAUGUCUGUCGCCAUUAUCGUCUUCGCAUCACAGUUCCUGCUGGUCGACUGUCAGCUGAUGAUGGGAAAGAUGAGCUAUCGGCUGAAUCCGGAGGAAUACGUCAACGCUGCUCUCACCAUCUACCUGGACAUAAUCCUCAUCUUCCUCUACCUGCUGGGGAGGAGGUGAUACUGUGUAAAACACUACCUAAACCGAAAUUAUCAAGCAUUAUAAUGUAUAUAACUCAGCAGCACAAUACAAUUUUCCCAGGUUUGUUUAUUUACACCAAGAAAUAAACAUCACAAAUGAUUCUUUUGCAUUGUUACACUGUAUUUUAUUGCAUCCAUAUUGUCUAAAGCUGUUCUUUACUGCAUUUGAUCACAGAGGUUACAUAUGUUUUAGAGAAAACGAGCAAAAAAACAAAGAAGGAAGGUAAUAAAACAGCUUUUUUUUAUAAGGAGGAUAA